AAAGAAUUUGGCACAAGCAAACUUGGUCUCAAUCUGCUGCCAGCAUUGUGAUUAAUCCACACAUGCAAAACAAACAAGAGAAAACCCUCCCACUCAACUGAGACAAUUGCAAUUUGCAAGCUUCGACUAAGAUUCAAUCUGCCCCGUUUGAAUUACCGAAAGUGUUAUUAUGGAAUCAUCGUCUCCGAUUUGCGAAUCCCAAACGGACCCUCUCUCAACCCCUUCCUUCUCCUCUCUCAACGAUCUCUGUCAUGACCUUACCUCCCUACAAGACCUCGCCACUCGCGGCGCGUGGCGCUCCGUCAUCGACAAGGUCUCACGCGCCAGGGCCCUCAACCUCCUUCAAAACCCUCACGACCAUCUCACCUACCUUGCCUAUAAUGCCCUUGCCUUCGCUAAACUGCGUCGUUUCAACGAAGCCUCCGCAGAGCUUGAUUCCAUGGAGGACCUCGAUAGCCACCACUACCGCUACGAAACCUAUCCCAAAAUCUAUCAUAACCGAACCGGUUCCAUGGUCCCCUUCUCCCUUCGCUGGCUCCACGCUCUUCUUCCCAUCAAAUUAGGGCACAGAAAUCAAGGUGUGGAUCGCCUUUACACUCUUCUCGAUUUUGUUCGCCAGAAGAUCAGGGACAAGGAGACGAACAAUCUGCAAGAUUCGGUUCAGAUCUGGAAGAAGAGAGAGGUAUUCGUUGUGAAUUGCAUAAUUGGGAACCAUUUGAGUCACAAGGAGUUCACCGUGUGCUUGAGCUUGUUGAAGGAGCUGCUUUCGCGUGACUCUUUGGAUCCAUUGCUGGUUUCCCAGCUUGGCUAUGUUCAGUUGCAGAUUGGGGACUUGGAAGGUGCAAAGGUUUCGUUCUCCAAGGUUGAGGGUUUGGUAGAGGAAGCAAAGAUGGGUAAUAACAAUGGUUCGUUGUUGUUGAGUGAGAUUGAGAUGAUGAACCUUGUGAAUAGAAACAAGGCUUUGGUGUAUUUGGUUGGGAAGGAUUAUGUCUCCGCUGUUAGAGAGUAUGAGGAGUGCAUUGAGAGGGAUGGUUCUGAUGUUGUUGCCUUGAACAACAAGGCAUUGUGUUUGAUGUAUCUGAGGGAUUUGUCUGAUUCCAUCAAGGUACUUGAGAAUGCACUUGAGACGGUUCCCACCGUGGCACUCAAUGAGACGCUUGUUGUUAACUUGUGUAGCAUGUAUGAGCUGGCCUAUGUGAAUCACUCGGAUAUUAAGAGGACACUGAGCAAUUGGAUCGCUCGUGUCGCCCCCGACGACUUUGAUGCAACUUGCACUCGGACAUGAGGCAAUACAAAAUCUCGAAAUAUACUCUUGGCAGAUGGAGUUGUCUUGAAUUUUCUGAUGAUUUGUCUUUAAUAAAUUGCUCAUUGUUUUUCUUCAUCAGAUAUCCACUGUGGUGCCUUGUGAAUAGGUCAGGUAUGCAGUUUAUUCGGAAAGUAUAGGUAAAUUUGAAUCAGGAUCUCAACUUAUAAACUCGUAACGGCUUAUUCUUAAAAUCGUAAACUUGAUUAGGGAUCUAAUUUUAUAAACUCUUGCAGGUCCUUUCAAGAGUUUGAUAACCUUGUAAAUAUAUAAUGAAAUUGACAAAUAAUGGUUCACAUCUUAUUUGUAAGAUUUCAAUACUAGAAUGAUCAGUGUUUUGAGAUGAUCACGAUUAUAUGGAAGUCAUCUGUUACAUUUACUAAAA